UAUUUUUUAUAUUUUACCUAUUAAUUAAAUAUUCAUAUAACUUUAAAAACCAUCUAAAUUUAAUAUUAUUUAUUACUCACUCACUCAUACAAUUAAAACACUAUUUAAGUCUUCAACCGAUUUUGAAAAAUUUAUUUAUGCCUUUAAAGAUACAAUGAUUACGGUAGAUACUAUAAAGCACAAGAGAUAAGAAAGAGUCAUGAAAAGCAUGACUACUACUUCUCUAAAUUCCAAAAAAAUUGAAAUUCCAAACAAUAUAAGAGAAAUCCUUAGAUCUGUCAAUAGUAGGAUAGAUGUAGAAUAGGAAGCAAAAAGGGAUGUCAUUAAUAAAAUUGAAAAUAAUGAAAUGAACACAAUCAAAUUCUAUGACAUAAUGCAAGUUGAUAAUUUAGGCAAAAAGAAGGGCAAGGGAAAUUUUAAAUCAAGGAGAUAUCCUUCAGAUCUUGCUCUUAUUAGAGGCACAAAAUUUUUUUCUAAACCUAAUUACAGUAAUUUUGAGUAAAGCCAGCUUAAGCAGUUAAAAAAUAGUCCAGGAAAGCUUCUGCUUAUGAGUGAAAUCUAUUCGUAGCUAGAAGAAAAUUUUGAAAAUGAAGAUGAAGAGUAUGAUGGAUAAAAUGCUAAUUAAGAUGCAUCUAAAAUAUAAGAUUUUUCUAACAUAAGUGUAAUAAAAGGAAGGAAUGCUACCUUUUUACCAAGCAUAAAUUAAUCGAGUUUAACAAUAGAUGGAGUAUAACAUAAAGACACUAAAUUAGAAAAGGAAAUCGAGGGUCUUGAUCAUUGGUAUAAAGGAGUUAAGUAAUGGAAAAAGUAAUAGGAAAAAUAAUAAUAGGAUCAGUAAACGUUGCAAACAGGAACAAUUGAAUAAAGCAAAUAAAAACAAAGUAGAUUUUUUCCUAGAUCAAAAUCUAGAAAACUCACAAGAGAAGAAUAGCAGCAACAGCAAGAAGAAGAUGAUAAAGAAGAACUCCUAAGCCCCAAAAAGAUUAAUGAAAGAAUGAAGAAUUUUACAUAAAAGAAUAAAGAUAGUGUUCUUUUAAUUGCAAAAAAACAGUUUGCUGAACUCCAAAACUCAAGAGAAUUUUCAUCUUCUUAACCAAUGACUCCUGAAAGUAAAAAAAUUAGCAACUCUGCUUUAAAUAACAGCAGGAUAAAUUUAGUCAACUUGCUUAAAAAUAAUCCAAGUUCAGAUGAAGAUACAAGAAAAAAUAGCUAAAAUUUUAGAUAAAGAAGCGAUAGCAUAAAAGAUAUUUUUUCUAAUGUAGUUAAAGAAAUAAACGAAUAAACUAAAGUUGAUGACAUACCUUCCAACAUAAGAGAUAUAAAAAAUACUGUUUUAAAAUACGUAAAUGAUGUACCUAAUCUCCAUACAAAAGAGGACAGUGCAUUUAAAAAAGAAGAUUUAACACCUGAAGGUAUAAAACGUAUUCUACAAACUUUUUAUUCGAUAGAUCCUGAUAAUGAAAGUACAAUGAAUAUGGUUGAAAAAGCUAAAAAUUAUGAAAAAAUAUCUAAUCUAGUUGAGCAAAAACUGCUUGAAAAUUUAAGAGACUCUGAAGCACUCAUAACUAACAAAUCAAAUACAGUCAGAAUUCUCCGCUUAGAGAAUCAUACAAUUAUGAAGAAAAUGAGAUAAAUUAAGGAGUUAUCAGCAAAAUUACAAGCAGAUAUUAAAGAAAUUACUGUACCUAACUAAAAUAAAGAAGAACAAUUAUUAGACCCUACAGUUUAAAAAGCACCAGAUAUAAAAAAGAUAUCAUUAGAUUCUUAACCUAAUACACCAAUGCUCCCAAAUAAAAAAGGGAUGAAUUUAAGCAAUAUGACUACAUCUAAUAGAUCAGCUUUAAUUGAAAGUGUCAUGGCUCAUACAAGUAGAAUACAUGAAAUAGAAAGAGAAAACUAGAUUCUCAAAGAAUCUUAUUAAAAAUUUGAAUUAAAAUAACACUAUAACUCUGAAAUAAUUUAAAGUAUUGAAGAUUAAAUAAAUCAAAAAAGAAAAGAUUUUAAGUAGCUCACUAAAGCAAAAAGAACUUUCUUGUAUGAAAUCUUAAAAUAUGGAAAAGACAGUAGAAAUGAAGGACUAUCUUGGAUUAUUAGGGCUAUCUAAAAUUUAGGAGAAAAAGUAUUUGACACACAUUUACCUGAUUUUCUAGAUAGUAAGGCUAAGGAUUUCUUACUUUAGAAAUCUUAGAAAAUAUAGGAGAUUUAGGAAAUAUAAACUCUUUAAAACGUAUCUCUUGAUAUUUAUAAGACAAACAUGUCAAUUAAUGACCAUAUGAAGACUGUCGAUAUGCCUGAUUAAACGAUUGGAGAUGUUUCUAUGAUAGGAAACCAAAAUAACAUCUCAAUUCUUUCAGGGCUUAACAAAUCAUAGCAAAAUAACUUAACUCUUCCAUCGAUUAAGCAAAAUGAUAACUCUAAAUUCAAUCAAAGUUUUAGUUAAGUUAAUGUAGAGAAAAUUAAACAUGAAGAAACAUUAGAUUUAAGAAAGAAAAUAAUGACUAACUUGCAUUAAAUGUUUGAGGGAUUAAGCUCAGAAGAGUUAGGAUCUCUUGAAAAGACAAUUGACUAACUUCAUGCUACUAAGCUUACUACAAAUGAUAUUAUUUAUAAUGAAACAAAAAAGAAAAUAAAAACACUUCUUAAUACAAGUAUGCCUGACUUAAAUAAAAAGAACUAAAAUUCAUUCAACUCGUAAACAUAAAAUUAGCAGCCUUCUGCUAAUAUUACUAAUUUCUUGGACAAUUUAGAGCAUGAACAGAUUAAGCUAAAUCAUAAAAUAGUACUUUAUGAAAAUAGCACAAUGCUAAAUAAAUAUGAUAGCAGAGAGCAAUUUAUAUAAGAAUAUGAGCUGCUUUCAAAGCGUUUGAGAGAAAAAGAAAAGUAACUAAAAUAGUUAGAAGACAAAGAAUUAAUUAGAGUAAUUAAAGAAUAUGAUUAUAAAAACUAUGAAAAAAGAUUUGGUGUAAAAUGUGGGUUAGUUUUAUCAACACUUUUAGGAAGUGUGCGUGCCGAUAGAGAAAUUAUUAAAAAUGGUAUGAACAAAAGAUGAAACUUUAUAAAAUAUAAAACAACAAUUCUAAAAAAUAAUAUGCAAUAAAUAUAUUUUUAAUAAAGCUUUGAAUUUUUAUAUUUAAAAUCUUAGUAUUAAUUUCUUCUUUGAAGUUGAUAACAUUUUCUGUAUGUUUAAUUAAAAACUAACUAAUUAUCUCUUU